CACCCCCGCCAGGACUCCACGGGUUAAAAUCCAGAUGUCACAUCAGCCGUUCCAAACUCCUCCUCGCCCAGUGAGGCGAAGACUUUUGAAAAUCACCCCACUGCAGACUCCUCCCCUCGCUGAGAACCUCGCUCUGAAAGGCUGCGAAUGACCAGGGCCCCCGUGCAGUCGCGGGAAGCCCGAGUUUCCAGCUCGGACGCCCAGGGGACGUGGUGUGUGUGGCUCAGGACGUUGCGGGCGGAGGCUGCCACCAUGGGGUUCGGCGGCUGGAUGCUGCGCUGCACCGUCGCCCUGCUCCUCGCCGCGGCGGGGGCUGCAGUGGAAAGCACGUGUGAGAGGAACGAGUUCCGGUGUGGGGACGGGAAGUGCAUCUCCUACAAGUGGGUUUGCGACGGCAGCGCCGAGUGUCCCGAUGGCUCGGACGAGCUCCGGGAGACCUGCAUGUCGGUCACCUGCAGAUCCACGGACUUCAGCUGCGGCGGCCGCGUCAACCGCUGCGUCCCCCAGCUCUGGAGGUGCGACGGCCAGGUGGACUGCGAGAACGGCUCGGACGAGCAAGGCUGCCCCCCCAAGACGUGCUCCCAGGACGAGUUCCGCUGCCACGACGGCAAGUGCGUCGCCCGGCAGUUCGUCUGCGACUCGGACCGCGACUGCCCCGACGGCUCAGACGAGGCCUCGUGCCCGGCGGCCACCUGCGGCCCCGCCGACUUCCAAUGCAAUGACUCGGCCUGCGUGCCCGGGCUGUGGGCCUGCGACGGCGACCCCGACUGCAGGGACGGCUCCGACGAGUGGCCGCAGCGCUGCGGGGGCCGCGACACGCUCGCCCCGCAAGGCGACCGCGGCCCCUGCUCCGCCCACGAGUUCCACUGCCGCAGCGGCGAGUGCGUGCACGGCAGCUGGCGCUGCGACGGCGGCCCCGACUGCAGGGACAAGUCCGACGAGGAGGGCUGCGCCGUGGCCACGUCGCCGGACGAAUUCCAGUGCUCGGACGGGCGACCUGAGUCCACGGCAGCCCGGCAGUGUGACCGGGAGUACGACUGCAAGGACCUGAGCGACGAGCUGGGCUGCGUCAACGUGACGCUGUGCGAAGGGCCCAACAAGUUCAAGUGCCACAGCGGCGAAUGCAUCACCCUGGACAAAGUGUGCAACUUGGUCAGGGACUGCCGGGAUUGGUCGGACGAGCCCAUCAAGGAGUGCGGCACCAACGAGUGCUUGGACAACAAUGGCGGCUGCUCCCACAUCUGCGACGACCUCAAGAUCGGCUACCAGUGUCUGUGCCCCGGCGGCUACCGGCUGGUGGACCAGCGGCGGUGCGAAGACAUCGACGAGUGUCAGGACCCGGACGCCUGCAGCCAGCUCUGCGUGAACCUGGAGGGCGGCUACAAAUGCGAGUGUCGGGACGGCUUCCGGCUGGACCCCCACACCAAGGCCUGCAAGGCGGCGGGGUCUGUCGCUUACCUGUUCUUCACCAACCGCCACGAGGUGCGCAAGAUGACGCUGGACCGCAGCGAGUACGCCAGCCUCAUCCCCAACCUGAAGAACGUGGUGGCUCUGGACACCGAGGUGGCCGGCAACAGGAUCUACUGGUCCGACCUGUCCCAGAGGAAGAUCUACAGCACCCGGAUCGACGGCGCCCACGGGCUGGCGCCCCACGACACGGUCAUCAGUGGGGACCUCCAGGCCCCCGACGGGCUGGCGGUGGACUGGGUCCACGGCCACAUCUACUGGACCGACUCCGUGCCAGGCACCGUGUCCGUGGCCGACACCAAGGGCGUCAGGAGGAAAACGCUGUUCCAGGAGAUCGGCUCCAAGCCCCGGGCCAUCGUGGUGGACCCCGUUCACGGCUUCAUGUACUGGACCGACUGGGGGACCCCUGCCAAGAUCAAGAAAGGGGGCCUGAACGGCGUGGACGUGUAUUCGCUGGUGACAGAAGACAUCCAGUGGCCCAACGGCAUCACCCUGGGUAUCGGCCGGCUCUACUGGGGGACGUGCAUCGAUUCCAGUUCCACAUGUGAAGGCGCGGGGCGACGGAAGACGGUCUUGGAGGACGAGAAGAGGCUGGCGGCACCAUCUUCCUUAACGCCCCUGCAGGACAAAGUGUUUUGGACGGACAUCAUCAAUGAAGCCAUCUUCAGUGCCAACCGCCUCACGGGCUCGGACAUUCAUUUGGUGGCUGAGAACCUGUUGUCCCCGGAGGACAUGGUCCUCUUUCACAACCUCACGCAGCCGAGAGGGGUGAACUGGUGUGAGAGGUCCACACUCCGCAACGGUGGCUGCCAGUACCUGUGUCUCCCGGCCCCGCAGAUCAACCCGCGCUCGCCCAAGUUCACCUGCGCCUGCCCCGACGGCAUGCUGCUAGCCAAGGACAUGAGGAGCUGCCGCACAGAGGCUCAGCCCGUCCCGACCACCCAGGGGACCUCCAGGGUCAGCUCCCCGGCCUCGGGGCCGAAGCACACGGUCACCCGGCCUGCUCCUGCCACCUCCCGGACACCCGUGGCCGUUUCUGGGCUCCAGGCACGGCGGAGACGGGUGACGGUGUGUCCAUCCAAGAAGUAUCUCCCCCCGCUCAACCCGGCUUGCUUCCUUGCACCCUUCCGCGACACCCGGUUGCGUUUCUGGGCUCCACGGGCGGAGACGGUGGACGGUGACGGUGUCAUUCCAAGCGGCGUUUCCCUGCACGUGACUGUCGUCAGCCUGCUAUGCUUUCUGUGCGCCUCACUUUCCCCCUUGUCCCCCGCAGCCCUGGGCGACGCGGCCGGCAGAGGGGACGAGGAGAAGCCCGCGGGGGUGGCGGCCCUGUCCAUCGUCCUCCCCAUCGCGUUCCUCGUCCUGUUCUGCUUUGGGGGCUUCCUCCUCUGGAAGAACUGGAGGCUCAAGAACAUCAACAGCAUCAACUUUGACAACCCCGUGUACCAGAAGACCACGGAGGACGAGGUGCACAUCUGCCGCAGCCAGGAAGGCUACACCUACCCCUCGAGACAGAUGGUCAGCCUGGAAGAAGACGUGGCGUGAACACUGGCCUCG